ACAGUUCUUUCGUUCUUACGCUGCAAGCUGCUGACAUGUAUGGAAGCCCUGAAGGAAAUUCUGCUACAGCCACUGUAUUUAUAGAUAUCCUGGAUGUCAAUGACAAUAUUCCUACUUUGGAAAAGGAUGAGUUUUCAGCCAGUAUUGAGGAGAAUGAGGCACCUGUUGAGGUUUUGAGGAUCCAGGCUCUGGAUAAUGACGAAGAGAGGACAGAAAAUUGGUUGGCCGAGUUUGAAAUAGUCUCUGGGAACGAGGAUGGACGUUUCUCUAUUGAAACUGAUCCAAAGACAAAUAUUGGUGUUUUGUACCUGAACAAGCCUGUAGACUUUGAGUCAGUAUCUGAUAUGAACCUGAAUCUAGUUGUUGCAAACAAAGCUCUUCCAGGAGCACCAGGUGCAGCUGGAGCUUCUGGAGCAGGUGGUGGAGCUGGACAAAAGAAAUACUUAGUAAAAAUCAGUGUCAAAAACAAACCAGAAGGCCCAAAGUUCAAGCCAAAGAUCAAGCCUAUAUCUGUAUCUGAGAACCCCCUAAAUACUUUUCCAAGGGUAAUUGACACCUACACUGCUAUAGAAGAAGACACAGGCAAAACAGCAGAAAAAGUCAAAUAUGCAAAAGGAUAUGACCCUGACAACUGGAUUUCUAUUGACACGGAUACGGCUGAGAUCAAAUUGAACAAGGUACCAGAUCGUGAGUCUCCAUUUGUGAUAAAUGGGACCUACUAUGCCAAGAUCCUCUGCAUUACAGAUGAACUGCACUCUCAGACAUCUACAGGGACUAUAGCUUUGCAGGUGGAGGACCUGAAUGAUAACUGCCCCAAACUCCUUAAUAAUGUGCAGAUUGUCUGCAGUGAUACCAGCAUGGUCAAUGCCACAGCAGAAGAUGGAGAUUCAGAUCCCAACGGAGCUCCACUAGAGUUCAGAUUGAUACAAGAGAAGACAAAGGGCAAAUGGAACCUGCAGCAAAUAAAUGAUGUAAGUGCUUCACUGCUCGCUGAAGAUGACUUAUGGCCUGGUUUUUAUGAAGUUACCAUGGAGAUCAGAGACAAGCAAGGACUGGUCUGCCCUGAUGAGCAAGUCCUCCAUUUAGAGGUUUGCACUUGCUCUGAAGGAAUGUUUUGUGGUUCAAAAGUGGCGGCUAUACGCACUACAUCAGCCAGUUUUGGAGCAGCAGGAAUUAGUUUCCUAAUUCUAGGAUUCCUCUGUCUAAUCUUGGUGCCCAUGGCCAUCAUAAAAUGUGAGAAUCAUGGAAAACAUUUUACUGAAAUGCCAUUUGAAACCGAGCAAUAUCUUAUCUCCUAUUGCACAGAAGGAAAAGCAAUGGAGAGGGUAAAAAAUCCCUUCAUGAUCUUGCACAGCUUAUACUACAAGAGUAAAACACUUAUAUCAUGUGACAACUGA